AUGCAAACUAUCAAUAGUGAUAGCAUUGCUCAGACCCUGUAUAACUUUGCUAAAGAUGAACCACUUCCUGCCGAUCUUGCAGUUGAAGUAGAGUCCAUUUCCGUUUCUAAACCAGCUGUUAACCUAGCGGAGAACAAGCCAACAAACCAAUUUGAUGACCUAGAUGGUGUUGACAGAUCUCACUAUGCAGUGGACGGGGAUCGGGGACAGAUGUACCACGAAGACGGGUGUACGCAUACUCUCUUCAACGCCCAGGACACCUCCAACAACAACUGGUGGUCGGUUGACCUUGAAAGUAACGCACGUGUGGCGAUGGUUGUGCUCUAUAAUCGUGGAGACUGCUGUGGGUCCAGAUUAGCUGAUUUCGACAUCGUUGUUACGAAAACGGCUCCAGUGAAAGGCCAAAAACUCGAGUACACCCCCUCCGAUGUUUGCUUCCACAAAGAUGGCGGACUUGAGACAGGAGCAGUGCUAACUGUCCCAUGUUUGAAGCGUGGCAAAUAUCUGGCAGUUGUGAGAUCAAGGGAGGAGCCGCUGACGUUGUGUGAGGUCGAAGUUUACGAGGUUCCACCUGGUUAUGGUCACCGUACUGGAGACUGCAGUGGCGGCGACAUCAAGAAAGUUGAAGGGCCAAGUGUUGGCGAGUGUGCGAGGGAGUGUAAUCUAUUAGCCAACUGUAAGGGCUUCAUGUUCAACGACCAGGGCACCGGUAGUUACUGUUGGCUGAAAAGUGGCGAGUGUACAACACUGACUUAUACGAGUACCACCAAUUACCACUUCUUCAGCAAAAUAGACGUUCGACUGGUGAAGUCACCCGAUGGACAUUAUCAAAUCACAAGCCUCGACGAUGCAGAGGAUUACUGCAGUAACUAUGCCCCAGGUUGGAAGGUGGCGUCCUACGCCGAGAUGAUGGCAGCAUUCGACUUGGGCUAUGAAUAUUGUAGCUGUGGAUGGCUUUCUGAUGGCAGAGCUGGUUAUGUUAUGCAGGAGUGGCGCACUGGAUGUGGUGCUCGAGGUUACAGCUUCUGCGGAUCCAGGGGGCGCUACAACACUUAUUGCACCUCCGCAGCAACAAUAGAAGCAACAACGCCAAUACCAACAACGACUCCCUUCCAAAUAACAACAACCACAACAGCUUCCCCAUCAGCAGGGCCCGUUUUCGACCUUUCAUUUAUACUGAAUACCGACUUUACAGAAGAUCUAAAGGAUCCAAGUAGCCAAGCAUAUAAGGAUUUGGCAGAAAGGGUUGUGGCAAUGUUGAUGAAGGGUUACAAAGACUCUCCUAUGGGUAACAAGAUCAGCAAAAUCAAUAUUGUCGGCUUCAAGGAAGGAAGUAUAGUGGUUCUAGUUCAGAUAGAAUUCACUGCGAGUUUGACUGAGGACGACAUGCAAACUAUCAAUAGUGAUAGCAUUGCUCAGACCCUGUAUAACUUUGCUAAAGAUGAACCACUUCCUGCCGAUCUUGCAGUAGAAGUAGAGUCCAUUUCCGUUUCUAAACCAGCUGUUAACCUAGCGGAGAACAAGCCAACAAACCAAUUUGAUGACCUAGAUGGUGUUGACAGAUCUCACUAUGCAGUGGACGGGGAUCGGGGACAGAUGUACCACGAAGACGGGUGUACGCAUACUCUCUUCAACGCCCAGGACACCUCCAACAACAACUGGUGGUCGGUUGACCUUGAAAGUAACGCACGUGUGGCGAUGGUUGUGCUCUAUAAUCGUGGAGACUGCUGUGGGUCCAGAUUAGCUGAUUUCGACAUCGUUGUUACGAAAACGGCUCCAGUGAAAGGCCAAAAACUCGAGUACACCCCGUCCGAUGUUUGCUUCCACAAAGAUGGCGGACUUGAGACAGGAGCAGUGCUAACUGUCCCAUGUUUGAAGCGUGGCAAAUAUCUGGCAGUUGUGAGAUCAAGGGAGGAGCCGCUGACGUUGUGUGAGGUCGAAGUUUACGAGGCUCCACCUGGUUAUGGUCACCGUACUGGAGACUGCAGUGGCGGCGACAUCAAGAAAGUUGAAGGACCAAGUGUUGGCGAGUGUGCGAGGGAGUGUAAUCUAUUAGCCAACUGUAAGGGCUUCAUGUUCAACGACCAGGGCACCGGUAGUUACUGUUGGCUGAAAAGUGGCGAGUGUACAACACUGACUUAUACGAGUACCACCAAUUACCACUUCUUCAGCAAAAUAGACGUUCGACUGGUGAAGUCACCCGAUGGACAUUAUCAAAUCACAAGCCUCGACGAUGCAGAGGAUUACUGCAGUAACUAUGCCCCAGGUUGGAAGGUGGCGUCCUACGCCGAGAUGAUGGCAGCAUUCGACUUGGGCUAUGAAUAUUGUAGCUGUGGAUGGCUUUCUGAUGGCAGAGCUGGUUAUGUUAUGCAGGAGUGGCGCACUGGAUGUGGUGCUCGAGGUUACAGCUUCUGCGGAUCCAGGGGGCGCUACAACACUUAUUGCACCUCCGCAGCAACAAUAGAAGCAACAACGCCAAUACCAACAACGACUCCCUUCCAAAUAACAACAACCACAACAGCUUCCCCAUCAGCAGCUGUUAACCUUGCGGAGAACAAGCCAACAAACCAAUUUGAUGACCUAGAUGGUGUUGACAGAUCUCACUAUGCAGUGGACGGGGAUCGGGGACAGAUGUACCACGAAGACGGGUGUACGCAUACUCUCUUCAACGCCCUGGACACCUCCAACAACAACUGGUGGUCGGUUGACCUUGAAAGUAACGCACGUGUGGCGAUGGUUGUGCUCUAUAAUCGUGGAGACUGCUGUGGGUCCAGAUUAGCUGAUUUCGACAUCGUUGUUACGAAAACGGCUCCAGUAAAAGGCCAAAAACUCGAGUACACCCCCUCCGAUGUUUGCUUCCACAAAGAUGGCGGACUUGAGACAGGAGCAGUGCUAACUGUCCCAUGUUUGAAGCGUGGCAAAUAUCUAGCAGUUGUGAGAUCAAGGGAGGAGCCGCUGACGUUGUGUGAGGUCGAAGUUUACGAGGCUCCACCUGGUUAUGGUCACCGUACUGGAGACUGCAGUGGCGGCGACAUCAAGAAAGUUGAAGGGCCAAGUGUUGGCGAGUGUGCGAGGGAGUGUAAUCUAUUAGCCAACUGUAAGGGCUUCUUGUUCAACGACCAGGGCACCGGUAGUUACUGUUGGCUGAAAAGUGGCGAGUGUACAACACUGACUUAUACGAGUACCACCAAUUACCACUUCUUCAGCAAAAUAGUCAAGUUACUUUCAGACGUUCGACUGGUGAAGUCACCCGAUGGACAUUAUCAAAUCACAAGCCUCGACGAUGCAGAGGAUUACUGCAGUAACUAUGCCCCAGGUUGGAAGGUGGCGUCCUACGCCGAGAUGAUGGCAGCAUUCGACUUGGGCUAUGAAUAUUGUAGCUGUGGAUGGCUUUCUGAUGGCAGAGCUGGUUAUGUUAUGCAGGAGUGGCGCACUGGAUGUGGUGCUCGAGGUUACAGCUUCUGCGGAUCCAGGGGGCGCUACAACACUUAUUGCACCUCCGCAGCAACAAUAGAAGCAACAACGCUAAUACCAACAACGACUCCCUUCCAAAUAACAACAACCACAACAGCUUCCCCAUCAGCAGCUGUUAACCUUGCGGAGAACAAGCCAACAAACCAAUUUGAUGACCUAGAUGGUGUUGACAGAUCUCACUAUGCAGUGGACGGGGAUCGGGGACAGAUGUACCACGAAGACGGGUGUACGCAUACUCUCUUCAACGCCCAGGACACCUCCAACAACAACUGGUGGUCGGUUGACCUUGAAAGUAACGCACGUGUGGCGAUGGUUGUGCUCUAUAAUCGUGGAGACUGCUGUGGGUCCAGAUUAGCUGAUUUCGACAUCGUUGUUACGAAAACGGCUCCAGUGAAAGGCCAAAAACUCGAGUACACCCCCUCCGAUGUUUGCUUCCACAAAGAUGGCGGACUUGAGACAGGAGCAGUGCUAACUGUCCCAUGUUUGAAGCGUGGCAAAUAUCUGGCAGUUGUGAGAUCAAGGGAGGAGCCGCUGACGUUGUGUGAGGUCGAAGUUUACGAGGCUCCAACUGGUUAUGGUCACCGUACUGGAGACUGCAGUGGCGGCGACAUCAAGAAAGUUGAAGGACCAAGUGUUGGCGAGUGUGCGAGGGAGUGUAAUCUAUUAGCCAACUGUAAGGGCUUCAUGUUCAACGACCAGGGCACCGGUAGUUACUGCUGGCUGAAAAGUGGCGAGUGUACCACACUGACUUAUACGAGUACCACCACUUACCACUUCUUCAGCAAAAUAGGUGAGUGA